AUGAUACUAGGUUAUAGUUCUUCUAGUAGGGGUUGGAGUUUUACUGCUCAGCGAAGAGGCGACCGAUUUUUAAGAGGUUUCCGGUUCCAGAGACAAAAAGAUUAUAGCUGUACAGGUGCCCUACUGUGUCGCAGAUGCAAUAAUAUGCAUUUUGGGGAUUGUAGACAAGGCAACAGAGGUGGAUGUUUUGUUUGUGAACAAAUGGGACAUCGGGCUCUCCAGUGCCCACAGAGCCAACAGAAACUCCAGCCAUCUCCCUUGCCACCACCAGUUCCUAAUCAACAGAUUCCAGGGCCUAGUGGUUACACCAGACGGGUUAUGGUGGAGCAUAUCAUAAUCAGGCUAGUGGAUCACGGUGGAAUCUCGGAGGGCAGUCCUAGAACGUUGAGGUUGCUUCUAACAGUGCAGGAUCAUCGAGGCAGCCUAAUCAUCCUGGUCAAGGACGUGAAAUGCAAAGAUGUGGAAAUCAAGGUAUAUCAAGGAUGUCACGUUCUAGUGGAGGACGUCGUCAUGCCAGUUAAUCUUGUUCCAUUAAAUAUCAUUGAUUUUGAUGUUAUUUUGGGCGUGGAUUGGUUACAUUACAAUCGUGCCAAGAUGGAUUAUUAUGAGAAGACAAUCACUUUUCAUCGGCCGGGCUUGCCUGUGGUUACAUUUGUGGGUGUACGUAGUGGACUAAGGCAAGGCUUUAUCUCUGUCGUGAGGGCUAAAAAGUUAUUGAGGAAAGGUUGUCAGGGUUAUUUGGCUCACGUGGUAUUGAAUGAGGAUAAGCCUACUCAUGUGGAGGAUGUACGGGUAGUUAGGCAUUUCCUUGAUGUUUUUCCGGAUGACUUACCUGGAUCACCACCAGAUGGAGAAGUGGAAUUCACUAUUGAUUUACUCCUAGAGUUGAGGGAAUUGAAAACUCAGUUGCAAGAAUUUGUUGAUAAGGGUUUUAUUCAGCAUAGUAUUUCACCUUGA